AUGGGAGCGAAGCGGCGGCCCGGCAAUGAGGGCGAGGGAGGCGUCGACAAGAGUCCCGACAACGUCGACAACGUCGACAACGUCGAUCACGAGCGUACGGCACCCGCCCCGAAGAGACAACGAGUCUCCAGAGCUUGCGACCAAUGCAGGUCUGCGCGCGAAAAGUGCGACGGCAUACAGCCUCUCUGUUUCCCAUGCGCAUCUCAGAACCGACGGUGUACCUGGGAAGAGCCCAAGAAGAAACGAGGUGUGCAGACGGGUUAUAUCAGGACCCUGGAGAUGGCCCUCGGCUGGAUCUUUGACAAGAUCCCCCGCUCCGAAGAAGCCCUGCACAGCCUGCUCACCCACGAGGGUGGCCAGGGGCGCUCGUUGCUGGUCGAGAAGGACAACACCGGUGACCGCCUGCACCGGCGCUGGCGCAAGAGCACCGUACAUAGGGAAAUCGACCGCGUGCUAUCAGGCGGAGAUGUUGCCGUUGCGAAGUCGACCAACGAGUCUCCUCCAGGCGACGAGUCGGACGAAGAAACAGAAAAGAACGUCCUCUCGACACACCAGCCAUUGUCGUCGCCCGCCGCCGACGCCAGCAUCGCUUCCAAGGCAGGAGAUGAACGACUGGGAUUGCCUGAUACCGAACCUCUGAAGGACGACCAUGACACCCCGUCGACAGCUCGCAAUGCCGAAGACGCCAGUCACAACCCGAUGGAUCUACAGCGCCGCCACCAAGAGCCGGAACCGCUCAAGCUUCCGCCGAAUUAUUGGCGGCUACUGGACAUCUAUUUUUCAUAUACGCAUUCCUGGUUCCCUGUCCUUGAGAGGCAUGAUGCGCUGAAGACGGCAUACACCUACCCCGACGAAGGCUUACAGAUGUCGGUGUUGCAAAGGGGUACAAGCACUGCUGGCCACGCAGAACUCUGGGCCGCCUUAGCUCUGGCUUCGUAUCAGGAGGAGGCGAGCAAGACGGCUGGACCUCUCCACGAGGCCUUGGUUGAUCGCACGACGCCGUUGCAGAUAUACCAGGCGGCCCGCAAUCUGCUACCCUCCGAGGACGGCCCCUUUGAGGUGCAUCACGUAAACGCGCUGCUUCUUCUCACCCUCGUGAAUUUAGCACGCGCAAAUCUCACAGCCGCCUGGCUCCUGGUCGGUUCCGCUAGUCGUCUAGCUUUGAGGCUCGAGCUGGACAAGAGCACGACGUCAGAGAGGAGCAGGCGCUCACAUCAUACGUAUAUGGGUUGCUUCAUCCUCGACACUCUCCUAUCUGCACGACUUGGCCUACAACCACACCUCAAGUCGGACGUGAGCCAAGUGGCUGCCGACUCUCUAGCCAAUGAUCUCGACGAGUGGCAGCCCUGGGUACCUUGCUCCGGCUUUGGGCCUCAGCAGGGGGAAAGGCUUCACUCUCGGGUCCCGUCCCACUCGGUCAGCUCAUUCGGUAUGCUCUAUAGUAUGCAUAGGAUAAUGUCGUACAGGCUGUUUGCGAAGGCCGGUGCCCCGUCGCAACAGGAAGAUAUGUACUUGGCUCAGUUACAAGGCGCCAUCACCAGCUGCGACGCUCACCGACCAUCCGUCGGUUUCAUACUCGGUGGCGAGCCGUCGACAGGCCAGCUGCCAUCAGUACAUCUCCUUCGUCUCGCUUUCUUAGCCGCAGCUAGUUAUUCGCAAGCAUUUCCAUAUCUGCUCAUGCCUUUCUUGGGUUGCCUCGAGAGUUAUGUAGCAAACUUUGGAGUCUGCGGAAUGCCUCCCCUGGUCUCGACCUAUAUGGAGCUUGUCAGCCAACAAGGCAUGCUUGGGGCGGGCGAGAGGGAACGAUGGAAGCAGAUCGAGGCGGCGAUAGCCUCAGUCUGGAAACCCUCUACUUACAACCACGACGAAAUCACGAGUAAUCAUAGCCAUUCCCGGCCUAACCCUCCACCUCCACCACUACCACUACAGGCGUCAAACGACCUUUUACUAGCGAACACGCCACAGAUGACGCCCCAGCGACUUCUCACCACUGCUCUAUAUAACACCAACAGCGCCAUGGAACACACUCCGCCAGCCCUUGUGAAUUCGUACUCGCAGGGCCAGACCACGAACGUGUUGGACUUUUCUGAUCACGCGCCUACACCUUCAGAAAGCGAUGUCGUAGGGCUGAACAGGCCUUCGGGAAUCCCUUCAGGCGAGGUCGCCUUUGACCACAUGGAUAUGCCGGGGCUGCAUGCGUCGAUGCACUUCCCAGCACACGCACGGCCCAGCUUCAGCAGCAACAGCCUGGAUUAUGAUUCGAUCCUCGAUGAUAUAGCAUCCAUGGACCGCACUGACAUGAUGGAGUCCGAUCCCCAAUUCAUGGCGAAUCUGGGUCUCAGGCCUGGAACCAACCUCGCCGAGGUCUUCUCCCACGAGUUUAUGGGGUUCUCCUAG